AUGUUUCGUAAAUUAACCAAGCUCAAACUUCUUAUUAGUGAUGAUUGGUCACUGGAUUCAUUUCAAUUUGUUUCUACUUUAAUCGAUCUUUCACAUCUAGUUAAAAUAAUAUUAAUUAUUUCUUCUCAUGGUGAUUUUCUUCAAGAAAUGAUUGUGAAUUUCUUUGAUUUAACCAAACAAGCAUGUAAUGUUUGUUCACUUGAGAUAUUUAAUCGAUGGUAUGGUAUUAGUUAUUUUAUAAAUAUAGAAAAUUUUUGUUCAAUAAUGCCUCAACAUAUCAAACAUCUUGAUAUUGAUAUUGUCAAUAUUAAUGAUAUGAAAGUUAUUCUUGAACGACUUGAACAAUUAUCAAGUGUUAAAAUUAAAUUUUCAUUUGAAAAAUAG